AUGGCAGAGAUUGCCUUGGACCUGAGCAAGCCUGUCGGAGGGGUUCCAGUCAAGCCUAUGGGUGAUGCCCCAACCAAGACUGAACCCAUGCAAGACAUGUGCGCAAUCAGCGGAAGCAGUGAUUCGGGGCGCGCCUCCACUGGAUCCGCCUCGUCCAGUAUAUGUUCUGAUGGCGGGUCGGAGCACGAGGAGAGGGAGAGCCGCGUGAAGCCGGUGUCCGGACCAAUACCCUCCUCACACAUGAACAAACACGAGAUGUCCCCCUCCGAUUACGACGCGUCUGUGAAAAGUGAAACCUCACCGGUGACCAGACCCUUCAAAAUGUACCCCAUGGACGUGUUUCCCAUGUACAGCUCCCCUCUGUUGGCGGGUGCGGCUGGAGUGGGUCCGGGCGGACUCUGCUCGCCCAUGGGUUCAGUGUCGUCCAUGUACGACUCGCCUUCCGCCAUGUCGUCGUUGGCUUUGACUCCGCUCACGUCGCAUCUCCUUCAGAGGAAACGAAGAGCGGAGAAUCGAGAAAUCAUUGAAAAUGAUCCCAAACGAAUGACACCUGUUUCCGAGCAGAGUAAGGACACGGCGUACUGGGAGAGGAGACGAAAGAACAACGAGGCUGCUAAACGAUCGCGCGAUUCUCGAAGACAGAAGGAGGAGGAAAUCGCCAUGAGAGCUGCAUUUCUAGAGCAGGAGAAUCUUAAACUUCGAGCUCAAGUAGCCAUUUUGAAAAACGAGACUGCAAAACUUCACUAUAUGUUGUAUAACAGAAUCUAA